CGCCCGCCCGGUGCACCGGCGCCCCGCCCCGUCCUCGCUGCCGGAUCAUGGAGCCUGCGGCCGGGGGCUGGGCGCAGGGCCUGUGGCGCGCCUGCAACUGGCUGAUGGGCGCCUUCUUCGCGCUGGCAGCCUUCGUGCAGGUGAAUGACCCAGACGCAGAACUGUGGGUGGUUGUGUAUACGAUUCCUGCCGGGCUGACCCUGCUGGUUGGACUUAACCCUCUUGUCACAGGUAGCUUUAUUUGGAAGAGUGUCUCUACAAUACACAUCCUCUUUUGCAUCGUGUGGGCUGCCGGCUUGGCAUACAACCUCUUGCUUCAUACAAAACAGAACAUCUUCCACGAGGAAGAAGGCAGGGAGCUGUUUGGUCUGGUGAUUAUCACAGCGUGGAUGAGCCUGUGUCACAGUUCAUCAGAGAGUCCAGCUGGUGGAAGAAUUCGCUUGGCCAUUGCCAUCGCAGUUGCUCUUUUCCCAUUUAUCUCAUGGGUCUACAUAUACGUCAACAAGGAGAUGCGGUCCUCCUGGCCAGCUCACUGCAAGACAGUCAUUUAAAUGACGUGAAGAGUCCUGUUCUUAAAAUAAGGGUUUGCAACUUUCUUAUAAGCACGGUUGUAAUAAGCCAGUUUCUUAGGGGUUUAUUUGAGGUGAUUUCAAUUAAUACUAGAGAUGAUUGAAAAAGAAAAAUCCUAAGAACUUUUUAAGGCUGCCUACAACAUAGGACUGGAUGGGUCUAGGAAGAGACAUGUGUCUGACAUUCUGGGGUGUCAUAGUGUAGUAGAAAAGGCAGAACAAAUGUUAAGAAACAGAAUGCUGACUUAGCUUUAUCACUGUCCAUGUGACUCUGGCAAAUACAUAAACCUCUUGUGGGUAAUUCCUUAUAAAACAGGAUUAAUACCAGACCUCCGACUUCUACAGCUGCAAGGAUGAAACUAGAUGAGAGCACUCUGAAAAUACGAGGUGCUGCACGGAAUAACCCAGAGGGAAGCAGGGGUAUAUAAGGAUACAAACAGGCGUUCAAAAGAGGACUGUGCAUUAUACGGCACUGGUACAGUGCCGUGAAUUAAAUGAGGACUCCAGGUGAACCAAGUGAACAAGCAUGUCUUGGAAAGAAACCCAAGUUAGCCAGAAAAAAGGAAUCUGGGACUAAGAAAGAAAGAAAUAGGGAAUAUGAAGUACAUGAUAAAUGAAAAAUAAGACUAAAAUCUAUACGCCUAUUUUUUUAAUGAAAGCCAGAAAUUACUCUGGCGAGAAGACCAUCUUUGUGGCUACACUGUGGAGUGAACCAGAAAACGUGUGUGUUUGGAACACUUGUUGGAAGUCUGUUUGGAACAACUUGCCUGUGUGCAUCCACUUCAACUGCAAAUUUUAUAUCUGAACACAGACCAAGUGUUGCCAAUGAAAAUCUAGUGACCAAGUAAAUGGAUGAUAAGUUUAAAAUACACACCAGAUUUUAAAGAGUUGGUAUAAAAAGAAGGUAAACUAUUUUUGUAUUGAUUACAUGUAGAAAUAAUGUUAGAUGUAUUGGGGUACCUAAAAUAUAUUAUUAAAAUGAAUUUUACAGCUUC